ACCAGCCAUCCACACACAAGGGGCGCUGGCUGCGCGCACACCUUUCCCUUCCCUUCCCUUCUCUCCCUCUCCCACUCGCUCGCCCCAUUAAUAUCUACUACCCGCCCCUCCCCUCUCUCUCCUCCUCCUCCAACAGUGAGUAUGCUCCACGGCCGCCGCCAUUAGUGGUCCGUGGAGAGGGAGAGAGAAGUAAGCAAGCUACAGGGACGCGCUCCCUUCCCUUCUUGAUCGAGCUCCGUGCACGCGCUAUCGAUCGAUUCUUCCUCUCUCUCCUGGGUCGCUAGGGUUCCAUGGAUCAGAGCUUCGGGAAUCUUGGCGCCGGUGGGAGCAGCAGCGGGGGCUCCAACUCCGCCAAGGCGGCGGCGGCGUCGUCGUCCUUCCUGCAGCUGCCACUGUCCACGGCGGCGGCCGCGGGGGCGGCGUCCCCGGCGGGCGUGGCGUACUACGGCGCGCCGCUCGCGCUCCUGCACCAGGCCGCUGGGCCGUCAUCGUCGUCGCAGUCGCCGUACGGGAGGCACGCGGCGGAGAUCUCGCCGGCGGAGGCCGAGGCCAUCAAGGCCAAGAUCGUGGCGCACCCGCAGUACUCGGCGCUCCUCGCCGCCUACCUCGACUGCCAAAAAGUGGGCGCGCCGCCGGACGUGAUGGAAAGGCUGACGGCCAUGGCGGCGAAGCUCGACGCGCGGCCGCCGGGCCGCCACGAGCCGCGCGACCCGGAGCUCGACCAGUUCAUGGAGGCCUACUGCAACAUGCUGUUGAAGUACCGGGAGGAGCUGACCCGGCCGAUCGACGAGGCCAUGGAGUUCCUCAAGCGCGUCGAGGCGCAGCUCGACUCCAUCGCCGGCAGCGCCACCGGCGGCGGCUCCUCCGCCGCGCGCCUCUCCCUCGCCGAUGGCAAAUCAGAAGGGGUUGGCUCUUCUGAAGAUGACAUGGAUCCAAGCGGCCGUGAGAACGAGCCACCUGAGAUUGACCCACGCGCGGAGGAUAAGGAGCUCAAGUACCAGCUCCUGAAGAAGUACAGUGGUUACUUGAGCAGCCUCAGGCAAGAAUUUUCUAAGAAAAAGAAGAAAGGGAAGCUCCCAAAGGAGGCCAGGCAGAAGUUGCUCCACUGGUGGGAGCUGCACUACAAGUGGCCUUACCCAUCAGAGACGGAGAAGAUUGCGCUGGCGGAGUCGACAGGCCUAGACCAGAAGCAGAUCAACAACUGGUUCAUCAACCAGAGGAAACGACACUGGAAGCCGUCGGAGGACAUGCCUUUUGUGAUGAUGGAAGGCUUCCACCCACAGAACGCCGCUGCGCUCUACAUGGAUGGCACGUUCAUGGCUGAUGGCAUGUACCGCCUCGGUUCGUGAGUUAUGCAGUGGACCAUUUGAUCAGGAUGCGUUGCAAUGCAAGGACAUUGUUAUGGAAUUUUUUGUUACCGUUUCUGCUGAUUCCCAAUGGCUCGCCUCUAGUGUUUAUGGCUUGUAGUUCUCCUGUAAUAUUGUUAAUUUCCGCAUGACGGCUUGUAAUUUAGGUGUAUUUUGAACUCGAAUGUCCAUGCAAGUACCCUGGUAAUUAAUUCGGCAGUCGCCUAUGUGUAUGAUUGUACGGUUCAGAUUGGUGAAACAUGUUCAGGGUUGGCCUAUCUGAAUCAGAAAGAUAUGUCUUCUCCUUCAGCAGAUGUCAGACGGUUGAAAUAAACUGCAGAUUACUAAUUCA